AUGUCGCUCAAGGAUAGGAUCUCGUCACCCCUCGAGGCUGGUACCUCAAUCCUCGACGCUCAUCACCUGCCACCUCAUCUGGCACCGGCUCUCGAGCAUGUAUCUUCGCGUCUGGCUCGCAAGUCACAACAUAUUACGCUUGUUGUAGCCCGUCGGGAUUAUCAACUUCCUUCUGUUGUGCCUCCCAAGGGUCUGUUGACUCCGACGACUCCUUCACCACUGUCUCCUGGUCUUCGCUUGAACCUCUCUCAGGGCCCUGUUUCCAGGCUAAAAUCACUCGUAAGAACUGGUUCUUCAACAUCCCUGCGGUCGAUGAAUUCUCCACGGAGUGCUUUGUCUUCGCCCGGUCAGGUCCCUCCGCUUGAAGUAUCCAGCCCUCGAUUCAGAUGGCCUCUUUCACCAUCCACGCCAAUGUCUCCUCCUCCCAUGACACCUUGUACCGCAUCAUCGACGACCACAGACACCAUGAGCUCUAUGAUGAACGCAUCAUCAGGCUUCGGUAUGCGACUUAUCCACACCAACGAGCUCCACCCUAGGUCCGAAAAGAUCCUCAACUCAAUUCUGACCAAGACGGAGAAGAAGUUCGCGAUAGGCACCGAGUGGCUCUCACCUGCUGUCAGAGCUUCCUCAUGCGGGCUCACGAACCAGCUCAUCCAUAGCUCCAUCAUCCAGAACGAGGUCCUUUUCUGCUCCGAAGGCCUCACAGUUCUAUCACUUGACAGACUGUACAGUCUCAAGAGUGCCUUGUCCAGCUAUUCCAAAACGAAAUCCCACCUCCGUCUCGAAGACGCCGUUGACGAACUCCGACGUAUCAUGCUGGCAACGAAUGGUGCAAAGGUUUCAAAAACUGCCAUCCUCCGAUCGUAUGACUGGCUGAGUGUGUCUAAUUGGGCACUUGUGGACCUUGAUCGCAUGUAUAGGCGAGCAUAUGGAGGACCAGAACAAUAUGGUGGUAUCUCAGGUCUUACUAGCUUCGCUGAGCCAGCCAUCAAACCUAUUAGCGACUCACAAGAGCGAUACAAGGAAGAAGAGGCUGAGGAGGCGACAAUAGGCAUUGCUGUCUCCAAGGGAAAAACACCAUCGCCAAAACCUCUGCUUAAACUUCAGACAAAUUUCACUCCGGGGCCCAUCCUCAAACCGAAACCCAAGAAAAUAGAAGUCCCAGCUCCAGCCGAAGCGGGAGAUGAGGAAGACGGCGAUCGCACAGCACGACCAACAGAUCAACUGUACUUCACAAUGCAACAAUGGGAGCCACCUUCGACGAUAGAUCAAAUCUUAACCGCCGGUCCCAUCAAUCGAAGCGCUUUCAGCCCCCUCACACCAACGCCCAUUAUGAGUCCAGCAUCACCAAGAUUUGGGCCGUUAACACCACAUGACUAUGACGAUAUAUCACCCACCACGAGAGGAGAAUGGGGCUUCAUGAUGGCAGACAAUGCCUUCCAGAGUGGUCGCAAGGCCGGAGUUGAGAUUUUUUGA